AUGGCUGGUACGCUUUCGUACACCUCCUUGGCUAGCCGCCGUUUCCAGGCUACGCAGCAAUGGCAAGCCAUGGUCCCGGUUGACAGCCGCGCACUGAACAACACCAUGCUGACCAGGAAUGCAGAUGAACCACGACGCUCAGGCCGAGCCACGAAAGGCCAGCACAAAAACCUCGAACUCCCGGCCGACGCCCCCGCGAAAAAAGGCAAGGGCAAGGGCAAGACCGACAAGUCCAGCAAAGCAUCCGCCGAACCGACUCCCGGACCCAGCGAAGAUGGCGAAGAAGAAGAGAUCAUACGCUGUAUCUGUGGUGAAUACGAGGAGGAGGAAGACGUGGAGCGAGAUAUGAUCUGCUGCGAUCAGUGUUCUGCAUGGCAACACAACGACUGUAUGGGCCUCACAUUUGCCAAGGGCGAAGAGCCUGAUCAAUAUUACUGCGAACAAUGUCGACCGGAGAACCACCGAGCGCUGCUUGACAAGAUCGCCAAGGGCGAGAAGCCUUGGGAGGAAGUUGCGGCCAAGCGUCGCCAGGAGGCUGAGGAGAAGAAAGCAAAGCGCAAGAAGGGCAAGAAGGGCAGCCGAAAGAGCCAAGGCAAGGCAGACUCCGGUACUCCAGCUCGCGCUGGGACUUCAGCAACCCCCGGCCCUGGAGUGUCACCUGCCACAGGUGCUUCUGCUUCUGCGGAGCCCGAGAAGAAUGGCCAUGCCACAGACUCAAGGAGGUCAAGCACAAACAAGCGCAAACUCGAAGACAACACCGAGGCGGAUAUGGAACCUCAAGUGAAACAGCAACGCAUCUCUCCACAGUCUACAGCGGGAGGAGCAUCAAAGCUCAAAUCAGAACCCACGCCAGAUACCCCAGCAUCCUUCGGUUCCGUGGAGGACCUGACUAUUCCCGCUCGAAAGAGCGCGGCGGUAGCUCUUAUCAAGCUUUUUGUAGAACCCGGUGCUUCUUCCCAGAAAAAGGCAACCUCGCAACCUGCAGAACAGCCAACUCAAGAUGCUACACGACAACUUGGUCUCGCUAUCGAAGAUGCCAUGUAUCGGAAUCUUUGCGGACAGACAGGGGAGCCCAACGAGGCGUAUAAAGCUCAAUUACGAACGAUCAUGUUCAACGUAAAGAAGAACCAUUCUCUACGGGAUCGUUUGCUCGUAGGUAGUCUCUCGCCCGAUUCCUUGUCCAGGAUGAAGCCAGAGGAGAUGGCCAGCGAAGAGUUGCAGCAGAAGGAUGCAGAGAUCAAGCGGGAAUCCGAGCGACAGCAUAUCAUUAUUCAGGAGCAGGGACCCCGUAUUCGACGCACACACAAGGGAGAAGAGCUCAUCGAAGACGAGACUCAUGCCGCAACGGAGCCGGUCUUCUCUGCAGCGCCUCGUCGACUUACCGAGGCCGGGGAAAGCCCUGCCAGCCACAGCCCGAUCACCUCCCGAGCACAACAUACGACAAAGGCCGAUGGAUCUGGGCGAGGCCCGUCACCCACUGGCGAACACCAUGAUCAUGUGUUCCCUGAGGUCGAGACAAACAUUCGCGAACCUGUGCCUCAUGGCAGAAUCCAGGCCGAUGCCGAGAUCGACAAUCUUCUCCGUGACGACGAACCCGAUUCGCCUCCCUAUUCCCCGAAGGACUACAACGACGAUGGUGUCAUCUGGCAAGGAAAGGUGACCAUGGCCUCUCUUGCCGAAUUCUCGUCUUCCGCAAAACACGUUGGAGGUGCAGAUUUGAGUGGUCGUAUUCCAUGGAGCCAGCUUGCGCCAUCGACACUGCUGGUUGAUGGGCGUAUCGAAAUCCAGCUCGCCAGCAACUAUCUCUGUGGACUGCGCUUCAGUUCCUCCACCGACGUGUCCGUCAUUGCUGUGAGAAGCCCCAAUCCGCCUAACGAGAGAGCGGCCUUCGACAGGCUCUUCGAAUACUUCCAGGGCCGCAAGCGCUACGGUGUUAUCGGAAAGCACCCACUUCCGGCUGUCAAGGAUACCUAUGUUGUUCCUCUCGAGGCUGGUGCUACAACCGGGCCCGAAUUUAUCGAACUUCUUGAGAACAACUCCCUCGAGAGCCCUAUUCAUGAACGACUGCUACUUGUGGUCUUCGUUGUCAAGACGGGCGAGUCCAACCCUCCAUCCGUCCAGCCUUCUUCGCAUCAACCCAGCCUGGAGCCGGCAUCGACUGCCAGCCCUUUGACUGCCGUGGGUGGUACGCCACAGCAACCUCCUUUCGGUGUCCCUCAGGCUUCUCAAACCCCUCCAAACACACUCUCCGGCGCCAACCCAAAUCCUGCUGCAUAUGGCCAGCAAGCCCAACCGCAGCCAGGUCAAUCUGCUGCCCCGCAACAAUCCACCGUCACUGGUAUGGCGGCCGCUAUCCAAGUGCUGGGCGCACAGGUGAAUGAGCCCGCCAUCCAGCAGCUCCUUAAAACUGCACCCAACGUGGAAGUGGCGCAGUUGAACGUCGUUCGCGACAUCCUGGCCCGACAGCCAGCCGCCGCAGCCAACUAUGAUGUGCUCAUGACUGCGUUGUUCGAGACCCAGGCAAACGGCCACGUUCCGCAGGCAAACACCUGA